CCCUCCCUCAGACUCUUAAAACCUGCACCGAGCAGCCGCGCCGCAGUCUCCGGCUCCCCCCUCCAUCCCACCAUGAACGACAGCCUCAGUUACCCUCUGGAGGAGUAUGACUUCGAGCGGCGCUUCGACGAGAGAGGAGCGAUGGAGUGGAUGCAGGAGAACUGGAACAAGUCCUUCAUGUUCUGCGGUCUGUACGCCGCCUUCGUCUUUGGCGGGCAGCACUUCAUGAGGCAGCGGCCCAAGCUGAACCUGCGCCGGCCGCUCGCCCUCUGGUCUCUGGGCCUCGCCGUCUUCAGCAUCAUCGGCGCCGUCCGGACCGGACUCUACAUGCUCCACGUUCUCGCCAACAGCGGCUUCAGGCAGUCCGUGUGCGACAACAGCUUCUACAGUGCCCCCGUCACCAAGUUCUGGGCCUACGCCUUCGUUCUGAGCAAAGCUCCGGAGCUGGGAGACACGGUGUUCAUCAUCCUGCGGAAGCAGCGCCUCAUCUUCCUGCACUGGUACCACCACAUCACCGUGCUGCUGUACUCCUGGUACUCCUACAAGGACCAGGUGGCGGGCGGCGGCUGGUUCAUGACCAUGAACUACCUGGUGCACUCGCUCAUGUACACGUACUACGCGGCGCGCGCCGCCGGCCUGCGGGUGCCCCGCCCCUUCGCCAUGCUCAUCACCGCCACCCAGAUCCUGCAGAUGGCCAUGGGCCUGGCCGUGCUGGGGCUGGUGUACCGCUGGAAGCACGAGGCGCGCUGCCCCUCCAACAUGCACAACAUCGUGUGGGGCUCGCUCAUGUACCUCAGCUACCUGGUGCUCUUCGCCUCCUUCUUCUACAACAGCUACCUCCGGGGAGCCUCCAAGGACAAGGCCGCCAAGGCCGAGUAGCGCCGUCCAUCUGGCCGGCGCUGGAAGCUGCUCCGCUCUCCGACUCCGACUCCGAACAGCGACGCUCCGGUGGGAGGAGAGGAGAACAGACUCAACGGGUCUGAGGAGGAUUAUUUAAAAAGGGACUAACAUGAAACUCAGCUGGACCAGUCAGUAGAAACCUGCUUAAAAACAGAGAAAAGUGGCUAAUGAGACAACAAAUGGCUAAAAAAUAGACAAACCUGGUUGAAACAGGACUAAAAAUGCACGUUUAACCUCAUGAGGGUGGAAUAUUGUCUAAGGUAGUGAACUACAGAAUAAUAAAGGGAUUCAGAAUGUUUGCUAAAAAGUUCUGAACUAAAACUUCGAAUAUAGUGAAAAUAACUCAUGUAACAGUGUAAGAAAUGGUUUUGACAGUGUAACGUGUGAAGACGGGCUCGACGCUCCGGCGCCUGUCGGCUCAAAGGGAAAGGCGACGACGCCUCGGUCCUCAACAGGCUUUUGAAUUCGGGAUUUUCACCGUUUGAAGUUGAUCGACAGAUGGAGUCGACGUCGCUCUGAUGACGUCGCAUCAACUUUUGUUUUGCAUGUUUUUGCUUUUUACGUAACGACGCACGGAUCGCACGUUUAAACAGUUUCAGCAGAGCCACGUCUAUGAAACGGCGCAGGCUGAAUCAGUUUAACGACAUCGUCUGUU